AUGCUGCAGGAUAACGUGCACCCUCACAUCACGAAGAAGACUUCCCAGCAAAUUCUGGAGCUCGGAUGGGAAGUUCUACCGCAACCACCGUACAGCCCAAACCUGGCAUCGAGCGACUACCAUCUCUUCCGAUCGCUUCAGCAUCACCUGGAAGAGAAGCGCUACGAUGAUCGUGACCACCUCGAAAAUGACCUUCGGGCUUUCUUCGCCUCCAAGUUGCCGAAGUUCUACGCCAAAUGA